AGUUUUGUGAAAUUUUAUUAGGAUAUAACAUACAGAAAUAUCAGUGCCGCCAGUUUUAUUUUGAUAAAUUUAAUUGUGGCUUGUUAACAACAUGCCACAAAAUGCUACAUUACCGGAAAACUCGGAAAGAGAUGAAUUCAAUUUAAAUAACCCGCCAUCUGAAAAUCGUGAGAAAAUAUUCACUAUUGAAGACAUUUCCGACAGUGAAGGGACAAACUCAAUAAGAACUGUACCUAUUAGAGUUAAAGGAGAUGAACUAUCAUUAGUCAGCACAGAUGACAUAUUGGACAGGUCAAAGAAUGGAGUACGAGUCAGACAUGCCAUAUCAACUAAUGAAAUUCCAUCUGCUUAUUUUCUUCCAAGAAGAGUUAAUUCCACAUCAGAUUUUAGAAACUACAAGUAUCAGAAAUCUGAACCAAAAAAAUUGGAUAAAAUGGUCUUGAAAUUAGUUGUACCUGGAAAUAGCAGAAGUCCCAGUCCUAUUCCAAGUUUCCACAAUAAUCAGUAUUUAUCAGCAAGUUCAGUGGAGCAGAUGUUAGGGAAUGGCCAGUUCAAGGAGAGGCUUAAACCUCCAAGAUUAAAUGUUGUAAAUCCGGACACUAAUGGAGCUUAUAUAAACCGCGGUUAUUCUGCAUCUGAUCUAGGAGGGUCUCCACUUACACCUCGAACACCGUCUGCGUUUAUACCGGACAAUCCCACUCCACAUGAUGAAAAGAAAAGGACAUUUUCGGGAAUACUCGUUACUACAUUCAGUAUAUUUUACGCUCUAUUUAAUAUAACAGUUGGACUUGCUCUAUAUGUAACAGAUAUCUUAGAUAGCUCUAACCAAACAGCAGAGAUUUUUAGUCUCUAUCUGGUUAUAGUAUCAUUCUUAUACAUAACAUUUUUAAUCAUCGAUAUUUCAAUUUUCUCACAUAAAAAGGAAAAAUACGAAAACGCAUUGGAAAAAAAUUUUACCGGUGAGAAUUUAAAAGUGACAAAAACUGAAGAGGGAGAUUUUGAAUUUGAUUUAGUUUUACCAGAAUUACUAAAAAGUGGAAAACCCUUUCAACAUAGCUAUUGUUUUAAAAAGGAUCGACAUAGUACGAACUUUUAUUUGAAAAUUGGUGCAGCAGCUUUUUGCUUUGGACACCUUAUUCAUAGUGGAAUUUUGAUAGGAUAUCAACUAUUAUUUUUAACAGGAGACCGAGAAGAUAGAGCAGCCUUUUAUGAAUGUGGAUCAAUUCCCACACUUCUACUAGAUAUAUUUUAUCCAAUUUACUCUUUUUUUGUACUCUUUUUCAUUUUUAAAUACUCAAACAUCGUUAUAAACAAAUACACAGUAUUAGCAAAGUUCGGUAUGAUGCACUGUCUAUCAUCCAGUAUUUGUUUUUGGAUUUGGACAAUAAUGAGAGAAACACUAGAAGCAAUCGCCAGUAAAACAAGUACCGUCACGGAAGAACCGGAUAGCGACGAAACGACUUCAACAAUACUCGAACCUUCUGCACUACCAUUAUCAUCGUUUGCCCUAAAUGGACUAGAACUCUUAAAACAAUCUCCGGACUUCUCAGUCAGACGAUUUACCAAAAUAUGCGGUGACAACGAUUCUUUCAUGGCAGUAAUAUACAAAGAUAUUUCUCCAUAUUUAUACCCAUUUAGCGUAGAAUUUAGUAUUCUAGUUGUUGGUGUAAUAUUCGUGAUUUGGCAAAACAUACAGAAGUGUGACGACGCCGAGAAUGAAGACACGUCGACAUUGCCAUGCAGCAUCCUUUCAGAAUUGCCUGAUAAGGAAGGAAAUGUAGUCGUUCACGCCGAUUGUCAUUCUAGUAACAAGGGUCUCUUUGGUGGUUUUGUCGUUUUGGUAUUGACAGUUGUCAGUAGUAUAUUGUUUUUUAUCGCUGUCUACGAUGAAGAUAAGGAUCCUCUUAUUGGAUUGACAAUUAACCUAGUGACAUCAAUUGCUAUUUUAUGCAUAAUGUUUUUGGCAUGCAUUUUUGCUUACAGACAGAUUACAAAAUUGGAUUUCAAUACAGCGAGUCACAAUAUACUAGACAUUGUUUUGUUAUUUGUCUGCAUUCCAGCAUUCUUCCUUAAUGGUGUAUUUAGUAUCAUACCUGCAAUUAUUCACAAAAACGCCUUAAGUUCUGUUUCCAUAAUAUUAGAGAUUUGCCAAGUGUUAGUACAGACUGCAUUUCUGCAAGACGGCGUACGACGUUCGAGUAACACAAAGAAAUUACGAAAAACCAAACCUGGAAGGGAGCUGGUAGCUUUUCUUAUUCUUGCCAAUAUAUCAUUGUGGUUAUUACAAACAUUUGAGGUUAAGGCGCAUGGUAUUCAGGACAACAGAUACGAUUUCUAUGGAAAAGAAUUGUGGACGAUAUUGGGACACAUGUGUUUACCAUUAAUGAUGUUUUAUCGUUUUCACGCAUCUGUUUGCUUCGUUGACGUUUGGAAAUACGCCUAUGUUCCCUCUGGUCAUUAGUUAGGUGUUAUGUAAUAUGUAUUUAAUGUUAAGCAAAUAUAUCAAAUAUAACUAU